UUUGUGUUUUGACGGUGUUUUGUGGAGAGCUCUUCAGACCACCACACAAGUCCAGAACCAAGGAGACUGUCAGCGCUCAACUGUUCGGAUAAAGAAACAAACAAAAUGGCAUCGGACUCUCCGCGCAGACCGAGCCGCUGUGCUGGAGGGGUUUUGGUGCGAGCACAAGCUGCUACGGAGCAGUCUUACAUGGAGAGUGUUGUGACCUUCCUGCAGGAUGUGGUCCCCCAGGCGUAUACUGGUGCUCCACCCACUGAUGAAAAAGAGAAAAUCAUUUGGGUUCGAUUUGAAAAAGCCGAUAUCAAUGACACGGCCCGCAACCCAGAGUUUAUGGAGAUGCACAGUGGCACAACCGACCCUCCCCUCUGCCUCAUGAUUGGCUACACUGACGGGAUGCAGAUCUGGAGCGUAUCUCUGGCAGGGGAAGCCCAAGAGCUGUUCUCAGUGCGUCAUGGUCCAGUGCGAGCUGCUCGCAUUCUGCCAGCCCCACAUAUCAGUCCUCAAAAGAUGGACAGUUUUGCUGACAAGAGGCCUCUGCUUGGGGUCUGCAAGAGCACCGGGUCCUCUGGGACAAGCCCUCCCUAUUGUUGCGCUGACCUGUAUUCUCUACGGACUGGGGAAAUGGUUAAAUCAAUUCAGUUCAAGACUCCUAUCUACGAUCUCCACUGCAACAAACAUAUCCUUGUCGUGAGUCUACAAGAGAAGAUUGCAGCGUUUGACAGCUGCACCUUCACCAAGAAGUUCUUUGUUACAAGCUGCUAUCCCUGCCCCGGCCCCAGCCUCAAUCCAAUAGCUCUGGGAAGCCGCUGGCUUGCCUAUGCUGAGAACAAGUUGAUCAGAUGUCACCAGUCUCGUGGGGGAGCUUGUGGUGACAAUGCACAGUCUUAUACAGCCACAGUGAUUAAUGCUGCCAAAACUUUAAAAACGGGCCUAACAAUGGUGGGUAAAGUUGUUACACAGCUGGCAGGCACCAUACCAGCAGGCACCCCAGAUGAGGAGGGCACACCCCACAGUGCAAGCCGCCGAAGCCCCCACAACCCUGGCGUGGUCACCAUCAUCGACACACACAGUGUUGGAGAAGGACAGGUCUUGGUGAGUGAGGACUCGGAUGGAGAAGGAGUGGUGGCUCACUUCCCAGCUCAUGACAAACCCAUCUCCUGCAUGCAAUUCAACCCCAGUGGAAUGCUGCUGGUUACCUCUGACACGCUGGGCCAUGAUUUCCACGUGUUCCAGAUCCUCACCCACCCAUGGGCGUCCUCACAGAGUGCUGUUCACCAUCUCUAUACCCUCCAUCGUGGGGAGACUGAGGCCAAGGUCCAGGACAUGUGUUUUAGCCAAGACAGUCGCUGGGUAGCCAUCAGUACUCUCCGAGGCACCACCCAUGUAUUUCCCAUCAACCCCUACGGUGGGGCACCCUGCGCCCGCACGCACAUGUCCCCGCGGGUGGUCAACCGGAUGUCUCGCUUCCAAAAGAGCGCUGGCCUGGAGGAGAUUGAGCAGGAGCUGAACAGGGCGGCUGCGUUAGGAGGAGGAGCAGGAGGCAUAGCAGGAAGUGGCUGCAUUCUGGGUGGUGGAGGAGGCAUCGGGGGCCGCUGUAGCCCCAUACCAGGCCUGUCCAGUAGCCCCUCGGGUUCUCCAUUGCACGCCAAACUGAGCAGCCAGGAUUCAUACAACAACUUCACCAACAACAACAUGGGGAACCCGCGGCUCACCCCGCUGCCCAGCCUCACUGUGGUGCUGCCUCUGGCUCAGAUCAAACAGCCCAUGACCCUGGGGACCAUCACCAAACGCACCGGCAAAGCUAAGCCGCCCCCUCAGAUCUCGCCAAGCAAGUCCAGCGGAGGAGAGUUCUGUGUGGCCGCCAUCUUUGCCUCAUCUCGCUCCUGGUUCAUCACUAACCCGAACAUGAAACGAGAGAAAGAUCAGUCCAGGCAGUCAGUUGUCGACUCACUGUACAUCAUUAGUUGCUACGGUAACUUGGUGGAGCAUGUCCUUGAGCCUCGACCAAUAAGCACUGCUCAAAAGAUUAGUGACGAUACACCUUUAGAGCUGAGCACCUGUCCAAGGGCCUGCUGGACUCUGGCCAGGACUCCACAGUGGAAUGAGCUGCAGCCGCCCUUCAACUCCAGUCAUCCCCUCGUGUUGGCCUCAGAUCUGGUGCAGUACUACCAGUAUCUCCUGGCUGCGAUGCCCCCAGGAAGCCCAGGUCCAAUCACACGCCACGAGUCAUCCGACAGCCUGGCAUCGGACCACAGCGGUCAGGAGGACGAGGAGUGGCUCUCUCAG